AUGUCAAAACAACUCCCCAUUACAUUUGAUGGUGAAAAUCUUCCCCCUCAAGAGACAGUUGAUCUAUAUGCCACUACUUUUGAAAAUGAAUUAUCUCCACUUAAUGAAGAAACUUUAAAAAGCCAGAUACAGGCUGUGAAAGGUCUUCUAUACAACAGAGACUACCUUAAUGCCUUCGAUGAUCAGAUCAAUAGAGCAGCCUAUGUAAGCAGAUGGUCACCUUCCAGGUCACUGUGUUACACGACGCUAUUCACACAUUUGAAGCCCGUAUAUGAACUGCUGUCACAAGGCAGUUCACAUGUACUAUGUGUAGGUGGUGGAGCAGGAGGUGAACUGGUUAGUUUGGCCAACAUUUUCACCAUGGCCAAUGUCUCCGAUAAUGCAUUUGAUGGAACCAUGAAGGUUGAUCUCAUCGACAUAGCCAACUGGGAUGAUAUCAUUCAGAGGUUAGUGACUUCAAUUAACACUAAAUGGUUAUACCAGGCAGAUAGAAGUCAAAGAUUCAUGGUAAAUUUCCAAAAUAAAGAUGCCUUGAUGAUGAAUGAUAUUGAGUUACUUGGUGACUUGGAUUUAAUCACCAUUCUAUUUACUGCAAACGAAUUAUUUACAGAACAAAGAGCUCCCACAUUACAAUUCCUACAAAGACUAAGUAAGCAUUGUAAGCCUGGAUGCAAGUUGUUGAUUGUAGAGAGUGCCGGAAGUUACUCUCAUAUCACCAUGCCAAGCGGUAAGAAGUUUCCCAUACAAUUCUUGCUAGAUACUGUUCUUGUUGGUACUUCGUCAUCUCAAAAAUCAAAGAAGCAGGAUAGAGAAGGUGAUUGGGAUUUACUAGAACAAGACGACAGUACCUGGUACCGUGGUGAUACAAAGGUUAUGUACUCUCUAAAGCUGGAAAACAUGAGAUUCUUCUAUAGAUUGUACCAGCAUAAGUAA